AGUAAUGGCGGCCUCCGUACAUUGAGGUUUCGCAUGUUUCGCUGCGGUAGGUAAUCGCUCUGGUGCUCUGGUUCGUCGUCCCGUUCUACUGUCAGAAUGUUCGUCAGCGCACAUGAAAUGUAAGCGAAGGCUCCACACAUAACAGUGACCUGCCCCCUCACGUGCUGAUCUCUUGGCGGCAGCUGCUUGUAGAUCAUUGGUCUUGCCAUACAUUGCAUCACGGACUCGACACAUCAACCAUUCCCUGGCGUUGGCCGGCGAUUUUGCUAUUAGAUUUUACCACGGGGAUUGUGAUCCUAUCGGACAUUAACGAUCAUCACCAGAUAACGCACGCAACGAGUCAUGACGGUUGCCGGCGUUGAACCUGAGGCGGGAUCCUCCCCCGCCGCCGAUGGAAACUGUGAGGCAAGUCAGCCAGAAAGUUACAUUCGGACGCGGGUUGCCGAGUUACGGAAACGUUUCCGAGCGCUCAACCUCGAUCUCGACGAGUGUUCCUCCAACGCCGCAGCAGAAUGUUGGCUCGUCCGGAACCUAACCCCGUUCAACCGACUCAUCCACCGGGUCAGCAUCGAAGUCGUCGAAAAGGAGCCCGGUAAACUCGGCGUCUUCAGCUUCGAUUCCGAACUCAACAACUCACUAGAGGAAGACGCACUCUACGACGCCGCCUACAUCUUCACCUGGUUGACGAAGCACCGGUGCGUCGAGACAAUCCACCUAGCCAGCAAGGUGUUACUACAGCAGCCUUCCUACCUCCUCAGCAUGGGACUAAGCCCGAACAUCCGCCACCUCAGGCUAGGAAUGGAGGGCUUCAGGAUCGUCAACGAAGAGGAGUUGUGCGAGGGGCUCGGAUUCCUCGUUCGCCUGGAAAGCUUCGAGCUCAUCGGGUUAGACAUCGGCCACAAGUUGGCAUCGGCCUUCGCAGAUUUGCUGAAGCGCAACGCUGGUCACCUGAAGAAGGUCAGUUUCAGUCACAACUAUAACGUAUCUCAGCGGUCCGUGAACACUAUAAUGAGGGGUCUCCUUCACUGCACACACCUAACCGAACUGACAUUCGACAACAAUGUCAAACCGAGGGCAAUGAAGAUGGUGGCGAAACUAGUUCGGUCUUCGAGCAUGCUGCACACGCUCUCCCUGAAGAACAGCUGUCACAAUGACGAAUCAAUGGCUAUCCUUGCGAGGGCCUUUGAGGGGAAAAACUCGGUUCGUGAACUCAAGCUCUGUAACUGCCAGGCGUCUCUUGCACCGUUUUUCCGGGCGCUGGAAGUGAACGAAACGCUACAAGAUUUGGACCUGACUGACUCCAACGUCAGUGGACGUGCCACGGAUGGUCUGUCGGCGGCGCUGGCGAGGAACACCGGGCUGCACACUCUCGUGUUGAAGACGUGCCAGCUAGAAGACGAAGACAUGGAGAAGCUGGCGGAAGCGCUUGAAGUGAACCGCACACUUCGGAGUCUCAACUUGAGCCACAACCUUCAGGGUAUCCGUGGCUCCAGCGUCCUCUGCAGGGUGCUGGGGAAAAACAAGACGUUGAAGAACCUGGCGUUGAGCACGUAUCGCAUUGAAGACCACGAAAGGCCGACCCUCACCUCCCAGCUCGCCCGUUCCCAAUGCUAUGGCCAGGUGAGCAUUGACUGGGCAGAGGCAGAUCUCCCGAACCUGGCGUUGGCACUGACGCUUCCCUCCACGACACCCACGGUGCUCCGCCUCCACAUCUUUGCGCUGCCGACGGUCCACGUUUGCGCCAUGUUCGAGGCCAUCGCCACCAACAACCAGAUAGCGGAGCUCCAGAUCGAGUGCUUCACACAUCGCGACCCGGUCAAGAUGGACGCGUUCUACCGGGCGAUUGUGGGCAACGAAUCUAUCCGCCGGCUCCACCUCAUCCUUGGAGAUUCGGGGUACUCCCUGCUCGUGACGGCAUCAAAGGCACUUCUGCUCAACACGACCAUCAGGGAGCUAGAGAUUGAGUGCGAGGACAUGAGCCUCCGCGGAACUAAGCACCUGGCGCACAUGUUGGCACAGAACCGUACCCUCACCAAGGUAGUGCUCGCCAACGUCACCAUCAGGACAAAGUUUCAACGGAUGCUGUCCCGCGGACUGGCUAAGAACGAGUUUGUCACCGAGUUCAAGAUGGGCUGGGACCCACCAAUCAACCGGGCGUCCUUGAGGGUUCACGAAGCGAUGGCGCGGAACGUCGGACUGGUCAACAGCGCGGUUCGCUUCGUGCUGCGGACUAACGUGAGCAAGCGGUGUGCCGAGGCAUUUGAGAAGCUUCGGCGGUGUAGUUCCUUGGCCACGCAGCUCGCAAAGGUGACGGGGAAGGCGGACCGGGAGGUCAAGGCGGCGUUGGACUCGGCGGCGGAAUACAUCCGCUCCAACUACCUCGUCAUCACGGGGGUCGUGAGGGAGAGGGUGGAGUGUCUCUCGGGGGAAGACACCCAGGUGGAUCGGCUCAACCACGAGUGCUGGCGCGCCAUCGCGACGUUCCUCAAAGUGUCCGACGUGGUCGGAUGAUGUAGUCUGCACCGGAACGCUUCUAGUCUGGGACUCGAGUGAUUGUACUUUGCUUUAGGCAAUUUUGUGCAGUGUAGCAGUGGCUGCGCGAGUUCCACGAACAUUUUUCUGCCAACGUGUAGCUCAGUCUGCGACAGUGGCCAAGCUGAUGAGCCUGCCAAUAAUGCGAAAUAGCACCUCUAGGCAGCCAUACUUUUGGCAAGUUUUACGGCAUUAUUGAUGACAGAAGCUUUUGGUGUAUUGUCCUUACACUUCAAUGACUUGUGCCAUUUAGGGGCUUUUUAAGUGGAGGUUACUUUGUGAGUGUAAAGGCAGCGAACCAAAUGGUUUCGGGCUUGCUUUCCUCGGCUCAGGCUUCUUUAAGCAUUUGACUACAUUCCCGCAGCAUAUUUUCGAGAACAGUUGUUCCGUGGUGCCAUCUGCCAACUAAAAUAUUCACUAUUUCCAAUGGACAAAUUGGCAUGUGUAGGAUUGUGAAGAGUUUGCUCUGGGCAUGCUUAGCUAAAAUGAAAACCACCUCAUUGUCCUUCAGAUAUUCUAGACAUAAUAUCAAAGUGCUGGGAACUGAACCAAAGACAACACUGGUCUCGUGAAGCCACAAAUGAUGUGUCCACCUGAAGUGCUGUCCCAUACAUUCAUGCUGAAGUGUGCACCUUCGGAAAGAGCGUCCUUCUGAUGCAGCGCCUUGCAAGUGCAUUUAUAAUGUGCUACUUUAAAAAGUACAUGCUUGGGCACUACAUAGGAAUGCUACUGUUUUGUAGAUACUGCAAUUCAUGGAGGCAAGCAUUAGCCUGGUUUGAGUACUAUGCAGUGUAUUGGCUAUCUUGUACUUUCUGGAGGGAAUGUGCACUCCACAAUUCAAAACGUGCCUAAGCACAUGCGCAAGAACCGCAUCACUCUGUUGCAAUUACAUGGGUUCACUCCUAUUAAGGUAUGCAAUAUGACAAUGCUUUUUGAUGCAUGUGUACUAGUUGAUAUUUAUUUCAGUGGUUACAAGGUGAAUUGCUCAAUAGAGCAACCCUACUGGACAACCUCAGCUCUUAUUGACCUGCUAGCAGUUCAAGCAGUGCAGCUUGCUGUUACCAAGUUGUUCUUACUAAAAAAAAAACUAUUCUGUUUUAAAGUGUAAAUAUAGGCUAUAUUUACUUUGUUCUAAAAAUGUUAAUCUACAAAGCUAUAUUAAAAUUGUUACAGCAAAA